CAGGCUUCCUUGCCUUUGGCUGGGUGCAACUUCCAUUUUAGGUGUUGGAUCUGAGAGAAAAAAAGAGAGAGAGAGAGAGGGAGAGACAGAAAGAAGAGCAAGAAAGAUCCUAAAAGGAGGAAGAGGUGGCGAAAAUCAAACUGCCUUGCUGGAUUUGUCUUUCUCUGCACAUUGGCGAAGACUGGGGUUUCUUUCUUAAAGGAUUGGUUUUUAGAAGUCCACAUUUGAGCUCUCUCCUUCCUGCUUCCUCCUUGCUGUGGUGGCUGGGAUGCUUCUCCCAUGACUUUUUGAGUCUAGACUGGGCUGUUCUCUGUGUUAAUUCAAUCAGUUACGACCUUCUCUUAACAGUGUGAAGUGCGGGGGGGGCCUUCUCCCGCCUUCCUCCUCCCUCUGUGAUCCACCUUCCUUUUUACCCUGCCCUGCGGCGGCUCCGCCCCUUACCAUCAUGGACGACUCAGAGGUGGAGUCGACCGCCAGCAUCUUGGCCUCUGUGAAGGAACAAGAGGCCCAGUUUGAGAAGCUGACCCGGGCGCUGGAGGAGGAACGGCGCCACGUCUCGGCGCAACUGGAACGCGUCCGGGUCUCACCACAAGAUGCCAAUCCACUCAUGGCCAACGGCACCCUCACCCGCCGGCAUCAGAACGGCCGGUUUGUGGGCGAUGCUGACCUUGAGAGACAGAAAUUUUCAGAUCUGAAACUCAACGGACCCCAGGAUCACAGUCACCUUUUGUAUAGCACCAUCCCCAGGAUGCAGGAGCCGGGGCAGAUUGUGGAGACGUACACGGAGGAGGACCCAGAGGGAGCCAUGUCUGUUGUCUCUGUGGAGACCUCUGAUGAUGGGACCACUCGGCGCACAGAGACCACAGUCAAGAAAGUAGUGAAGACUGUGACAACACGAACAGUACAACCAGUCCCUAUCGGACCAGACGGGCUGCCUGUGGAUGCUUCCUCAGUGUCUAACAACUAUAUCCAAACUCUGGGUCGUGACUUCCGCAAGAAUGGCAAUGGGGGACCUGGUCCCUAUGUGGGACAAGCAGGCACUGCUACCCUUCCCAGGAAUUUCCACUACCCUCCUGAUGGAUAUAGUCGCCACUAUGAAGAUGGUUAUCCGGCUGGCAGUGACAACUAUGGCAGUCUGUCCCGGGUGACCCGCAUUGAGGAGCGGUAUAGGCCCAGCAUGGAGGGCUACCGGGCACCUAGUAGGCAGGACGUCUAUGGUCCCCAGCCUCAGGUUCGGGUAGGUGGGAGCAGCGUGGAUCUGCAUCGCUUUCAUCCAGAGCCUUAUGGGCUAGAGGAUGACCAGCGUAGCAUGGGGUAUGAUGACCUGGACUAUGGCAUGAUGUCUGAUUAUGGCACUGCCCGUCGGACUGGGACACCCUCUGACCCUCGACGACGCCUCAGGAGUUACGAAGACAUGAUUGGUGAAGAGGUACCAUCGGACCAGUACUAUUGGGCUCCUUUGGCCCAGCACGAACAGGGAAGUUUAGCAAGCUUGGAUAGUCUGCGCAAGGGAGGGCCCCCACCUCCUAACUGGAGACAGCCAGAGCUGCCGGAGGUAAUUGCCAUGCUGAGUUUCCGCUUGGAUGCUGUCAAGUCCAAUGCGGCUGCAUACCUGCAACACUUGUGCUACCGUAACGACAAGGUGAAGACUGAUGUGCGGAAGCUCAAGGGCAUCCCAGUACUGGUGGGAUUAUUAGACCACCCCAAAAAGGAGGUGCAUCUUGGAGCCUGUGGAGCUCUCAAGAAUAUCUCUUUCGGGCGUGAUCAGGACAACAAGAUUGCCAUAAAAAACUGUGAUGGUGUUCCUGCCCUUGUGCGGUUGCUCCGAAAGGCUCGUGAUUUGGACCUUACUGAAGUUAUUACUGGAACCCUGUGGAAUCUCUCAUCCCAUGACUCAAUCAAAAUGGAGAUUGUGGACCAUGCACUACAUGCCUUGACAGAUGAAGUGAUCAUUCCACAUUCUGGUUGGGAACGGGAACCUAAUGAAGAUUGUAAGCCACGCCAUAUUGAGUGGGAGUCAGUGCUCACCAACACAGCUGGCUGCCUUAGGAAUGUCAGCUCAGAGAGAAGUGAAGCUCGCCGGAAACUUCGGGAAUGUGAUGGUUUAGUUGAUGCCCUCAUUUUCAUUGUUCAGGCUGAGAUUGGGCAGAAGGAUUCGGACAGCAAGCUGGUGGAGAACUGUGUUUGCCUCCUUCGGAACUUAUCAUAUCAAGUUCACCGGGAGAUCCCACAGGCAGAGCGUUACCAAGAGGCACCUCCCAAUGUUGCCAACAAUUCUGGGCCACAUGCUGCCAGUUGCUUUGGGGCCAAGAAGGGCAAAGAUGAGUGGUUCUCCAGAGGGAAAAAACCCACGGAGGAUCCAGCAAAUGAUGCAGUGGAUUUCCCUAAAAGAACUAGUCCUGCUCGAGGCUAUGAGCUCUUAUUUCAGCCCGAAGUAGUUCGGAUCUACAUCUCACUCCUCAAGGAGAGCAAGACUCCUGCCAUCCUAGAAGCCUCAGCUGGAGCGAUCCAGAACUUGUGUGCUGGGCAUUGGACAUAUGGUCGAUAUAUCCGCUCUGCUCUGCGUCAAGAGAAGGCACUUUCUGCUAUAGCUGAUCUUCUGACCAAUGAACAUGAGCGGGUAGUGAAAGCUGCAUCUGGAGCACUGAGAAAUCUGGCUGUGGAUGCUCGCAACAAAGAAUUAAUUGGUAAACAUGCUAUUCCUAACUUGGUAAAGAAUCUGCCAGGAGGACAACAGAGCUCUUCCCAAAAUUUCUCUGAGGACACCGUGGUCUCUGUUUUGAACACCAUCAAUGAGGUUAUUGCUGAGAACUUGGAGGCUGCCAAGAAGCUUCGCGAGACACAGGGUAUUGAGAAGCUGGUGUUGAUCAACAAAUCAGGGAACCGCUCAGAAAAAGAGGUUCGAGCAGCAGCACUUGUAUUACAGACAAUCUGGGGAUAUAAAGAACUGCGGAAGCCACUAGAAAAAGAAGGAUGGAAGAAAUCAGACUUUCAGGUGAAUCUAAACAAUGCUUCUCGAAGCCAAAGCAGUCAUUCAUACGAUGAUAGCACUCUUCCUCUCAUUGACCGGAGCCAAAAAUCAGAUAAGAAACCUGAUCGAGAAGAAAUUCAGAUGGGCAAUAUGGGAUCAAACACAAAAUCAUUAGAUAACAGCUAUUCCACACUGAAUGAGAGAGGGGACCACAAGAGAACACUGGAUCGAUCCGGGGAUCUGGGGGAUAUGGAGCCAUUGAAGGGAACACACCUGAUGCAGAAGAUUUAGCACCACUCUCUCCACUCCAUCGGGCUUAUAAUAUAUGUACUUUUAUUUUUUGGUGGUGAAAUGGACUGAUGAUUUUUCCUUUUCUUCGCUGGACUAUUGUGCCAACUGCCAGGCUGCCUCCUGCCCUUACAGCCCUAAGUGGCUGCUUUCUUUCCAUCAACUCCUAACUUCUUCCAGUGAAGUUUAAUUGUCCCCUUCCCUACCACUCCAGUCCCCCCCAGUUUCUCCAGUGAGCCUGAUUCAGUUAUUUGCAUAGGAUAUCUCAAUCUCCUAUUUUGAGAAACAGCUGCAGAUUAGCUUUUUUUUUUUUUUUUUCUUCCCUUCCCCUCCAGCUCUCUCUGGAACUCUUGGCCUUGUAUGGAGGGAGGGAAAGAGUAGGAAUCUUCACUGGAAGCCUUGGGAAGAAUUGGAAGUUACAUGCUAUAUAAGCAGUGUCCAGCAGCCUGAUAAACUGAUGAUUCUUUAUCAAGACUUUUUUUCCUGGUGGGGAAGGUAGUUUUUGGUUUUUGUUUUUGGAAAAAGGGAAGCAUGAGUCUUCCCUUAUUCCUAAUGGCUAUUUUGAAGCAAAGAAGGCCAGCAACAUUGGCACAUUCCAUCUGGCAAAGGCCCUUGAGUAAGUGUGAAAGUCUCCUAGAACUGGGAUUAAGAAACCUGGCUCCCCUCAUCUCUGAGGCAGGGAUCAUCAAGGACCUACAGACUCCAACUCUUCUCUAAGCCUCUUGCCAAUGUUGGGCUACUGCCUCUGCCCCUUACUGAGGCUGUACUUAACUCCUCUCCCGUCCUGUGGUUUGUUGCUGGCCUGGUCUGUCCUGGCCAUUUGCAAGAAGCUGAGAAAGAGGAGAAUGUGUUGAGGAAGACUUUUUGCCUGAAAAGAGCAGAAAGAUGUGUUUUGUGGAGAAGAGGCACCUCUAGGAGGAGCUAGUAGGAAUGUACACAAAGUGGUUAGUCUGAAACUGGCAGGAAGCUUCAAAGCUGGCUUCCCCCCUGCCCUAUUUCUCCUUUUCCUACCUUUAUAGACCUGUUUCCUCCCCUGCCUCCUCCUUGGAGUUGGUUGGCCAACUAAAGGACUCGAUGUACAUAACUCCUGUCCCCUUUCUCCCUUAUAAGGGGGAUUGCCCCCGGCUUUGCCUCUUCUUUGUGCCUUUGGCUUGGGGUGCAUCUCCUUCUUCCCUUUCAUGUGCCUUUCUUUGCCUCUGCAGUCUCAUUUCUCAUGGUUUUGCAAAUUAUGUUUUGUUGCUUUUCUACCCACUAUUGGCCCUACUUGGCAGAAAGAAGGGACGACCUAGAGAACCUGAUUCUCCAUUGGGGAUUGGUAUGGCCUCUAAUUUCAGCCAAAGCAAAUUUUUGCUCAACAGUUUAUGGUUGGGAUUUUGCAAUAAUCCCGUUCUGAUGAAUAUUUAUAUGAGGUUGAUGGGAGGAGUGAGUGAUGGGGGGCUCUUACUCCUUAGUUGCCAGAUUUUACCAUUGUCUCUAAAGGGGUUAUAAGGAAGUCAUCACUCCCCCUCUACCCCCACCCCCAUUCCCCACACUGCCCUGCCCCUUCCUCAGUUUAACAUACAUUACCAGGUUGGGCUACAGGAAUCAGCUACAAUGUGGGUCGAUGUUUUUUUUUUUUUUUAACCCUUUUCCUUAUUUGCCUUUUAUUCCUCCCCCCUUAAUCUAAAAGCUCUAUUCAAUGCAACUGGAAAUCUGUAUCCUCCUCUCCCCUUCUUCCCUUAUAUAUUGAGGCUAUGGGGUAGGAGAAAAGUGCACACACCCUUCUCCCCCUUCCUUUAUGGAUUAAAAUUCCUCUCCUCCCAUUUCUUUCCACUCUCAUCCACCUUUUCUGGCAAAAAGGAGCCUUUUGCUCUCUGUGACCCUAAGAGCACACUGCACAGGGGAAAUUGCCCCCAUCCAGACCUGGCUCCACUUUUUUCUCUUGUCCUCGGCUCUUUUCCUGGUGCUCUUUUUCUCGGUGGGGUGUGGGUAAUAGAACAGCCAUGGGCUUUGGGGACCUUUAACUGUUUCUCUGUUUUGCUUUGUUUUGUUUAUAAAAAAACACUAAAUAUUCAAUUUCAGAAACCAAAAAUCCCACCAUCCCACCGAACACUACUAAGGGGCAUAUCUUCAGCUCCAUACUUUUUCUCUUUUUCUUUUUCUCUUGUUAAUGCUUUUAAAAACAAAUGAGUUUUUUAUAUAAAUAAAGUUUUUUAAAGUGUGUA